AUGUUCUAUAUGUGGAAGUGGGAGUUUGGCAAUGGCUGCCGAGUGUAAUGGUCGUAGCACAAUGGAUCCAGCAUCAGAAAAUGAAAAUGAGACAGUUGACCGUUUAAAGAAGUUAUAUCCUGCGGUAAACGAAGAUAAAACACCUCUUCCAAGGGCUUGGAGCGUUAAAGAAAAGUACAAUUACAUAGGUUUGUCCCAGAACAAUUUGCGUGUUCAUUACAAAGGACAUGGCAAAACACACAGAGAUGCUGCAAGUGUUCAAGCUACCCACCCUAUUCCAGCAGCAUGUGGUUUGUAUUAUUUUGAGGUAAAAAUAGUAAGCAAAGGUCGUGAUGGAUAUAUGGGCAUUGGAUUGUCUGCACAAGGUGUUAACAUGAAUCGGCUACCAGGUUGGGACAAACAGUCGUAUGGCUAUCACGGUGACGACGGCCACUCUUUCUGUUCCUCGGGCACUGGGCAACCCUACGGCCCCACAUUUACCACCGGGGACGUUAUUGGCUGUGGAGUUAAUCUAAUAGACAACACCUGCUUUUACACAAAGAACGGACACCAUCUUGGAAUUGCCUUCACCGACUUACCUCCUAAUUUAUACCCAACGGUAGGACUUCAAACACCUGGUGAAGUGGUGGAUGCGAAUUUCGGUCAGGAACCUUUCGUAUUCGACAUAGAGGAUAUGAUGAAUGAACUUAGAUCUCGAACACAUCUUUCCAUCCACAAUUUUCCAGUCCCGGAAAGUCAAGGCGAAUGGCAAGCGAUUUUAAACAAAAUGGUGUCUACUUACUUAGUCCAUCACGGUUAUUGCAACACGGCAGAAGCAUUUGCUAGCGUAACUAAUCAACCUUUUAACGAAGACAUUAAUUCAAUUAAGAACCGGCAAAAGAUAUUAAAGUUGGUGUUGGCCGGUCGAAUGGGAGAGGCCAUCGAAAAGACCCGCAGAUUAUAUCCAGGCUUGUUAGAACACAAUCAGAAUCUGCUGUUCAUGCUCAAGUGCCGUCAGUUUGUUGAAAUGGUAAACGGAUCAGACGUGGAAGUACGCCACAGUCGUAAUGCAUACUCUCCUGCCUUCAGCAAUUCGUCUUCCCGCCCAUGCAGUCCUAUCCAGACGUCGGUUAUACAAUCGACUAAGAAUUAUAGCAAUAAACCAAAACCUACCGUAGAAGCAAUGAACCAAAACAACAUAGCCUUGAAUGGAAACAGUGUAGCACCUGCUGUGAUAAAAAAUGGGGAGGAGAGUGACGUCGAAAUGGAUACGGAGGAGGUCCAGAAUGGUUUUGAGGAGAGCGCCUGUAACGGUAAAACUAGUAAAAAUGGCAGCACCAAUGGCUACCAGAAUGGCAGCAGUAAUCAUGUCAAUUGCACUUAUGAGUGCGUCGAUGGAGAUAGUGAUGAGGAUAUGGAAAUCGAUAGUACCGUUAGGAAAACAUGCAAACCAGCAGUAGAACGAAUUUUAGAAUUUGGAAAGGAAUUAUAUUGCAUGAGUCAACGGCUUAAGGGCGAAGAUAAUGUCAACGGUCAACAAAAUGAAAAAAUGCUCGAAGAUGCAUUUAGUUUACUAGCAUAUUCGAAUCCCUGGUCCAGUCCAGUUGGCUGGCAGUUAGAUCCUAUUCAACGAGAAUCAGUGUGUGCAUUUUUAAAUUCAGCUAUUUUAGGUUCACAGAAUAAACCACGAAAACCUCCUCUCGAAGUGGCGAUGGCCCAUUCGGAAGAGUUAAUCCGAUUGAUGUCCAGUUCCGGGCUGGGAUCAUGUGCCUUCGCCUCUGUAUCCGAUCUCAUGGAACAUUGACUACCGUCGAAGCUCCCUAGAAAUAUUUCAAGUGCGCCCAUGACUGUUCCACUACCCCUACAACUACAACCGCCGCCGUCGCUCCUACUGCUACCACCAAAACGACGAAAACGUCAUCAUCAAUCGAUAUGCAACCAGUGCCACCACUUGUUGCUCUGUUGUCAGCGAUGAUGCGGGAGACGACACGCCCCUAUCAUGCGUUCGCGGUACGUGUGAAAGUUUUUUUUUUUAAUAAUAAUAUAUAAUUGUCAAAAGAACAUUAUAAUAGAAGAAAUUAUACUUCAUUAAAAAUAAUAAUAAUAAUAACGAUGAUGAUUAUGAUAAUGAUGUGUUCGUAGUUUGUUUGUCUUUGCGAAAAAUAGGGUUUCUGUUGCUUUACGAUGAAAGAAAAAAUAUUGAACAGCUCGAAUGAUUGUUAUAAUUCUCAAGCAAUUUUUUUUUUCUUCAUUUAUUUGAAUGCCAUUUAACAUAUCAUUUCAUUUUAGUAACUAAAAAUAAAUAUAAUGCAGUUCUAGUUCAUCAAAUUAGGUUUGAACCGUAAUUAUUACUUUGUUUUUUCGUUGUAACGUAGGUACUGUUUAAAAAACGGAGGAGGUUUGCAUUUUAACUGCAGAUAAUAAUAGAAAAUAAACUUUUAUUAAACUAAUUUCUAAUUCCACAUAGCUAUCAUAAUUUUUUCUUGAUAUUUAUUUAUUUAAUUUAACUUUACAGUAUACAGACUCGAUACAAUAAAUCAGUAAAUAGAAAGUUAAAUAACACAUUGGUUUUUAAUCAUAUCACAUUAAAUGAUACUAAAUAGGUUAAAAAGUAGUAAUCUGAUGCGUAUUCAAUCAGUCUUCGGGCUGAACAUUUUAUGAUGAAGAUGAAACAAUGGAUAUUAACGUUGAAAAGUUGGUGUAACCGUUGUGUCUGACAUUGCCCAUAGCAAUGUGAUGAAUUUUUGACUUCUUGUCUUUCUUGUCGAAUGUUUUGUUGGUUCGAUGGCUGACUGACUUUGACUCUCUUGGCCAAAAACCGUUGUGUUGAUGGAUUCUUUCAUUUCAAUUGUCUCACUUUUGGACUAAAAUUUUCAUAAGUGAAUUUACGUCGGCCUUCAAUCUUCAGGUCUGUUUUUGGCAUUUUAUUUAAUUUAUCAUCAAAUGCCCACCAAAGGGCAUUGUUUUAAUAGAUUUAGUAUCAUUUGAUGUAUGAUACGAUUAAACCAAUAAGUUAUUCAUCUUUGAAAUACUAUCUUUCACCCUCUGUAUUUUUUUAAAUUUAUGUUUCAAUGAAAACUUCACAUAUUUAUCAGUACUGGCAAAUUUUAUUAUCUCUGGUGAUAUCGUUUCGACCAAAAGAUCAUCAUACAGUAACGUAACUCUAGUCCAAACGAUCUAAAAAUCAACGAAAGUGUAUUUCUUUCACUAUUAUUAUGAAGAAUGUUGCACACACCAUGCACAAUCUAAAUAAUUGGUUACUUUCUAAAAGGCUGCUUUUGUAUUGUAUUUUAUUUACUAAAAUGAAAUACUUAGAAACUGAUGCAGCUUUAUUAUAUUUUCUUUGUCAGUAUCUUGUCUCCGUAGAAAUAGAAUUGAUGCCAUUUCAUUUUCUGUGGGAUAUAAGUACAAGUUGCUAGUUUGCGAAGAUAUUCCUAACAGUUUUCUUUUAAUUAAUCUAUACAUAUAUU